GUUUGAAUCAUCGGCAGCCUUUGCGGUUUCCACUAACUGCUUCGCAUAUGAUUUAGUGGAGACCCCAUGGAGACUUAAGUCCUUUUUUUAUAUACAUCAAUAACAAUACUUUGAUAAUCAUUUAAAUAAGAAAAAAGUUUCCGGCCCUGAACACGCCUCCCUCCAGGUGUCACGUUUCAGAGGGGGGACAACAAUAGAGCAGACCUGAGCAGCCGAGGCUUUAACAAUACAGAUCCUCAACGGAGGCAGCAGAUGUGCCGACUGGACGCCGACAUUAUACAAGGUAUGUUGGCUAACACAUAGCCUGAUAUAGAUCAACAAUUAUCAUUUUUUAUGACCAGUUAUUUUGUGAAUAAUAGCUAAAAAUCACCACAGCGGUUAUAUUUAUUGAUCCAAAAUGGUCUCAUAUCAGUAAAUUGUCGUUUUUGCGUAAACAUUGCGUUCAUUUUCAUUUACUGCGGUUUAUAAUUGCUUAGUGCGAACGAUAAGCUAGCUAAAUGUGACCAUGCAGCUGUGGUCUAAUCUGAGCCUGACUAUAAAGACAAGCGCUCUUAUGUGAACCUGCUCAUAGGAAUAAAAAAAAAAAUCAAUAUUCAAUAAUGUGUAUUUAUAAGAGGAUAUCGAUAAGAACGCCACACUGUGAACUCUUCCUCUUAACAGUUAUUCAUCUCAGAGGCAUUUGCGGGUUUUUUUAAAAUUUGUAUUAAGGUACCGUUGUUCGUAAGUGAAAGUAAGAUUAAACCCAGAAAUAGAUGUGCUAUACAUUCUGUAAUGUUCUCAUGUAUCCGGUUGAUGGACAAAUCAUCUGCAAAGACUCCCACGAGGUUCGAAGUCAUUUUAAGGUCGACUUUAGAGGCAUUUAGCGUUAAUAUGGUGGCUUAUUCCAGAAAUAUGUCGUUUUUUGAGAAUGGAAAGUAUGAGCUAUAGCGUUUGCUAACACCGAUGGGUAAACGCUUCUUGGAUUUUACAUAUUAAAUACACGUUUAGGCACCAAAUGCACGCUCAUUUGUCGUAGAUAAAGAGCCCCCUGGUUAAACAGCUCCUCCUCAACCUGCGCCAGAAAUAAGAGGCUGUAUGGUGUUGCUUGCACGUUAUUGGACAGUAAUAUAUGUGGUGCUGAGGGGUUAAUUGGGUAAGAAAUAUACAAUGUAUCAGAAAAAGGGAAAUGUGCGUUAAAAUGUUACAAUAACUCAUAGAGGAUGGUGUUGACUUCGCUGCUACAGGACAUCUCUUUCAGGAUAUUCAGCACAUUAGAGGCUUCAAAGACAAAGGUCUGAAUUUCAGUCGGUCUCCUUUAUAAAAAUCAAGCUUCAGUGUACACAGUUCAUAUCUUUAUGCUGUCGGAUGUUAGUGUCAACCUGACCUCCUAAUGAUAACCGGGGAUAGCAUUGUCCCGAGAUAAUGGUCAAAUCACACACAGGCCACCAAGCAUUUAAAUACAUGAGCGAAUCACACCUUCUUUACCGGGUGAAAAAAUAAAUAAAUGACAUGGUUGGAGACAUUUUUUCAGCUGGUUUUAUUUACUGCUUUAAGACCUAACAGUCUCACAAUGAUUCCUUAAAGUUUGUUAAAUUGGUAGAAGUUCUUUCCAGCAAGUUCCUCUAAAAAUAACCAAUUGGUAAACUCAGGCUAAAACAGCAGGCUCUAGAUUACACAGCCCUUUCCGGGAACCUUACCAUGAAACUAACUAGGAAAUGAUCAGUGGUUUGAAAUACACCCUUUAAAAGAGCCUCUGCCCAACAUGCUAGUAAACAUAGAAUGUCAAACCCUACUGAGGGAAAAGAACAUCCUGGCAGGAGAAACACUUUGUCCUGUUGGAAAAAUACUGAAGCCAAUUAAAGUGGGUCGUGCCUAAAAAAAAAAAUUUGUUUUUACCAUGGACUCCAGACAGCCCCAAGGUUGCUGCAAAGACAAUUCCCAGAAAACAAUGCAGGGGACUUGAUGACUCCAAGGUCCCGAGCAGUGCUUGCGUUGGCCGCAGGCUUUGUUUUUUUUUUUCCAAUCUAUGAUGAACAUCCCUGUAUUCGGCGUGAAUGUGGUAUGACUCUGCUGUGCCUAUUUGCAGCCUGUGAAGUUCAGGUUGGGACAUGGUCAGCUGAAAAGGGGCUUCUGCUUUUUUCCAGUGGUGCUUCUUGGGAGAUGGCAUCAUACAAUGCUGUCAGCUCUCCUUGGGGAUUGUUUCCCAGCUUAAAAUCUCUGACUCCAUCUUAAAUAAUGACAACACCAGCAGCUGUUUUUUUUUCCUUUUCGUUUUGUUUAUUUCUUUCGUUUUUGUGUCUGUUUUUGGUGUGCUUUGCAUUGUGCAACCAGACAAUCAUGGCAGUGAGUGUCCCUGGACUGGUGGCCGUGGUGGUUUUUUAUGUCAUCAUCCUGGUUAUUGGGAUCUGGGCAUCACGAAAGUCGAGGAAAGUGGAGAAAACAUGUGCUGGCAGCAAGAGCGAGGUGACCAUGGUGGGCGGCCGCAACAUCAAUGUCCUGGUUGGGGUUUUCACCAUGACAGCGACAUGGGUUGGUGGAGGUUACAUUAUGGGAACUGCUGAGGCUGUCUAUUCUCCUACUCAAGGUCUCAUCUGGGCGAUGGGGCCUCCUGCGUACCUUAUCAAUUUUGUUUUGGGAGGAUUGUUUUUUGCAAAACCAAUGAGGUCAAAGCGCUACGUCACCAUGUUGGAUCCGUUUCAGCAUCGCUAUGGCAACAUAUUCACUGCAACACUUCUGCUUCCUGCUUUGGUCAGUGAUAUUUUGUGGGUGGCCUGCAUCCUCGCUGCCCUGGGUGGAACCAUGAACGUAAUUCUUGGGUUGUCGUCUGCCCUCUCCAUCGUUAUCUCUGCGGCUGUCUCAAUCAUCUACACAUUUUUAGGAGGACUCUACUCGGUUGCAUACACAGAUAUCAUCCAGCUUUCCUUCAUCUUCAUCAGCCUGUGGCUCUGUGUUCCUUUUUUGCUCUUGAGUCCUGCAGUAAGUGACAUCUCUCAAAGCCAAACCUACCUCAACCAAUCAAAUGAGAAUGCCUGGUUAGGAGAGUUGGAGCUGGCGGAUGCAGGAAAAUGGGCGGACGAAAUGCUGUUGUUGGCUUUGGGGGGACUGGCCUAUCAAGCUCUGUACCAGCGAAUCCUCUCUGCAGCAUCUUCGGCUCAGGCUCAGGUCACCUGUUACGCUGCUGCUGGGACCGUUUUUAUAAUGGGUAUCCCCUCUGUUGUCAUUGGAGCGGCAGCUGCCUCUGCAGACUGGAACAAGACAGCGUAUGGUCUACCCCCUCCUUUUGAACGAGGGGAGGCAGGGAAGAUCUUGCCGCUGGCCCUGCAAAACCUCACACCCACCUGGUUGUCAGUGUUAGGCAUUGGUGCUGUGGCUGCAGCAGUUAUGUCCUCCAUGGACUCUGUGCUGCUGUCCUCAGCAUCCAUGUUUACGCAAAACAUAUACAAGACGACUUUGAGGAAGCAGGCGUCGGAGCAGGAGCUGCAGCGGGUGAUCCGUGUUAGCGUGCUGUUGGUGGGCCUGGCGGGAACAGGCCUGGCUUUCAGUGAUGACAGCGUGUUCGCCCUGUGGAUGCUGAGCGGGGACCUUCUCUAUUGUGUGGUCCUCCCGCAGCUUGUUGGUGUGUUGCACUUCAGCUGUGCUAACAGCUACGGUGCCAUCAGCGGCUAUGUAGUGGGACUGACGCUGCGCGUGCUGUGCGGAGAGCGAGUACUUGGGAUCCCUCCUGUCAUUCUGUUCCCUGGCUGGAGGGAGCAGGAUGGAGUUAUCACACAGUAUUUCCCCUACAGAACUCUGGCCAUGCUUUCCUCUGUGAUAAGUAUUUUUACUGUGUCUUGGUUGGUGGGGCUUGCCUUCUGCCACCAGCUGAUUCCUCGGUCCUGGGAUAUACUGAGGGUGUUUGAGGAGAAAAAAGAGGCAGAGGGGGAUGAGAUUCCUGUUCCUCUGGGGGAAAAGAACCAUAUCCUGAAUACAAAACUCUGAGGUCAGUACAACCUCAGCCAAAGUAUAGUCAAACUUUUUUUUAUGCAAAUUCCUAACCAACCUUCUUCACUGUACAGACUAUUUAUGCACACUCCUACAUGUACUGUAUUCUCCACACAUCUAACACUGAUUUAUACGCCUUAUAUGCACCAAACUCUGACCAGCAGUAUAUUGAGGGUGAUUCAGGGAGGAUCAAGGCCACUUUAAAGACCUCAAGGUUUAGAUCUUGAUGUCAGAAUAUCAUUUUCCACCCGGUCUUUUUCCUUUUUAAAUAAACCUCUUUCCUCUAACUGUAAUCACAGGUACCACAAACAUUUCCAUUGUUUCCUUAUCUAGUUGAAUCCACUUAGACCUUUUUAGAAUUUGAUGAUACUUAAUUGUGGGAUCAUUAGCCAUUAUCGUUCUUUCCUAAAAAGGCACCUUUGCCUCUCUUCAUAUAUGAAGCACUAAGGGGACAAAGCAAUGCAAUACUUGCGUCUGAGUAUUCUCUUAAACAAAAAGCUGUUGUUUGAAGUUUUUACCAUUAUGUUAUUAUGUUUAAAAGGGAACAUAGUUGAAGGACCAUCAAGACGUAAAGCUAUUAUAAUUACUGUUUUUAAGAUGUUUUGUGAUUGCAAGUGUUCAUAAAAAAUGAAACAAA